CACAGAUCCAGUUCCAGCACAUCAAGCCUGUCUUUGCUUCGACCAACGGUGGUGCAAGCGCAAGCCUCCGCCACAAUUUCUCCAAAACCACCCUUCUCUAUUUCCUCACUUUUCCUUUUGCUUCGUCCAUGGCAUCGACGCCCAAGAACGACUAUGCGGUGAUCCAGACACCAACAAACAGCCCGGAUGUCGUGCCUCUCAAGGCCACGCAGCCCAAGAUGACAACCAAAGAGUACCUCGGCACGCGCGUCUCGUCGCUCAAGCCGCCCAUGGCCCCCGUCGCCAACCCCAUUGCGCUCCUCAAGACGCUCGACCGGCUCCAGUGGCUCAACUUUGGCGUCGGUUUUGCGGCCUGGACGUGGGACGCGUUUGAUUUCUUCACCGUCUCGAUGACGCUCUCGGACCUCGCCAAGGAGUUUGGCAAGAGCAACACGGACAUUACGUGGGGGAUCUCGAUCACACUCAUGCUGCGCUCGAUCGGGUCCAUCAUCUUUGGGCUCGCCGCUGAUCGGUACGGCCGCAAGUGGCCGUUUGUUGUCAACAACAUUCUCUUCAUCGUGCUCGAGCUCGCGACGGGCUUUUGCAACACGUUCACGCAGUUUAUGUGGGUGCGCGCGCUGUACGGUAUUGCCAUGGGCGGGAUGUGGGGCAACGCCGCGGCCACAGCUCUCGAAGACGCCCCGGCGCCGGCCCGCGGUCUCAUCUCUGGUAUCCUCCAACAAGGCUACGCAUUCGGGUACCUUCUCGCGGUCGUCUUUGCCCGAGUGUUUGUCAACACAACGAGCCACGGGUGGCGGCCGCUCUUUUGGUUUGGCGCGUGUCCGCCGGUCCUCAUCAUUCUCUUCCGCAUGAUGCUGCCGGAGACCAAGGCGUUCACGGAGCGCCACCUCCGUCGCGCGGACGCAGCCUCGUCGACGUUUGUCUCGGAAGGCAAGCUCGUGCUGCAGCGCCAGUGGGUCCUUCUCAGCUACCUCGUCUUGCUCAUGGCCGGCAUGAACUUUCUCUCGCACGGCUCGCAAGACCUGUACCCGACGAUGCUCAAGAACACGCUCUCGUUCAGCGCGAAUGAAGUCACGGUGACGCAGGUGGUCGCCAACCUCGGUGCGAUCUCGGGUGGCACCUUCAUGGGCUACUACUCGCAAGUGUUUGGCCGCCGCUUUAGCAUCCUCGCGUGCGUCGUCGGUGCGGCCUGCGUUCUGUACCCAUACUGCUUUACGAGAAGCCAUAGCAUCACCGCCGCCGCCUUCUUCAUGCAGUUCUUCGUCCAGGGGGCGUGGGGCGUCAUCCCGAUCCACCUCAUGGAGCUCGCGCCGCCGUCCUACUCGACGUUCAUCGUCGGCACCUCGUAUCAGCUCGGCAAUCUCAUCUCGUCGACCGCGGCGACCAUCGAGGCGUCGCUCAGCGAAGUGUACCCGCUGCCGCCGACACAGGCCGGCGUCGAGCGCUACGACUACGCCAAGGUGAUUGCAGCGUUGCUGGCCAUCGUGCUUGCGGUGCUGGCGCUGCUGACGCUCCUUGGGCCUGAGAAGCGCGGCCAAGAGUUUGAUCACGACGAGACCCUCGACGAGCCGGUCGUUGGUGAAGACGAGCGCGACCUCGAGAAGCCCAAGAUGUAAUCGCAUCGGACGACGAUGGGACGUGGAUGUGUGAAUCUUGUAUUUUGUGAAUUGAAUCUUGAAUUUUUGGAUGAAUGGGA